UUAUCCUUAAUCGAGAAUUUACUUCCUCACUCUCAAGCUGACUACACUACAAAACACCGGAUUUGUACGAAUUGUUUUUCUUAUUUGGAAAAAUGGAAUAACGAAAGCCGAAUAACUACAUGCGUUAACUGCGACAGCACCCAUAUUAAUAGUUUCUUUUUAGAAUUUAAUUUAGAGACCGAAUUACGCAAUGCUUUUGAGAUAAAAAAUAUGGAAACUUUAAUUGACGAUUAUCAAACAAAAUGUUUAAAUAGGAAUCAAGAGAACGUAUGCGAUUUAACGUCGGCAACAGAAUUCCGGCGUCUGAAAGUUUCUGCCAUACCUGGCAAAAAUGACGUGUUUUUGAUUUGGUUUACAGAUGGCGUUCAAGUCUCAAAAAGUGGGAAAAGCAAUAUGUGGCCGAUUUAUGCACAAGUUGUAAAUAUUGACCCACAAUUUAGAAGAAGUUUCCAAUUUGUCUGUGGAAUUUUUUAUAUGAACCGCAGUAGUAAAAAACCGAAUAUGAACGCAUUUUUGAGACCUUUUGCAACUACUUUAACCAAACUUCAGUUUGAUGGAUUUCAGUGGCGCAGCAAAUUGUUAAAUCGCAUUGUUACGAGUAAAGUGGUUGCUCCAGUUGCCUCCUUGGAUGCUCCGGCUAAAUCAGCGACACAAAAUGUAAUGCAGUAUAAUGGGGAAAAUAGUUGCCCAAGCUGCGAAGCAACAGGGGAAAGCUGUCAGACCGGCGGUGGUUUUAACUGGAUUUUUCCAGUAACGCAUGAGGAGCCUCCAUUGAGAACAGCUGAACGUAUGGAAAAUCAAACGAAAGUUGUGGAAAAACACAAAAGACUAAAACACUUCAAAGGAGUUAAAGGUGCAUCGAUCGUAACCAGCAUACCUUUUUUUGAUCGGUCAAGAGGAUUCGUUGCAGAUUAUAUGCAUGCAGUGCUACUCGGUGUGCAUUUAAUGAUUUUAAAUUUAUGGUGUGACUCAAAGAACCAUGAGAAAAGUUAUUACUUGAACAAGGGGAAGCGAGAUGAAAUUGAUGAAAUUUUACAAUCAAUAAUGCCUCCCGACGAUGUUACGCGAACGCCAAGAAAACUAAGUAAUAUUAGCGAUUGGAAAGCCUCGGAACUGAGAGCGUUUCUCUUGUAUUAUGGACCAGUGAUUUUAAAAAACCGACUCGAUGAUGAGUGCUAUGAUCAUUACUUAUUGCUUGUCCGAGGAAUUUAUUUACUGUCUCAAGAAGAAAUCACACCCACAGAACUGAAUUUGGCAGAUACAUUAUUACAUCUGUUUGUCAUCGACGUAGAAAGACAUUAUGGUCGUAAUAAAUGCUCAUACAAUGUUCACCAAUUACUUCAUCUAACUUCUUUUGUCAGGAUGUGGGGACCUCUUUGGGUGUGGUCAGCAUUUUCAUCAGAAGAUAACAAUGGCGAACUCGUAAGAAUGGUUCAUGGCUCGAACAAAAUUGACGUAGAGUUAUCGAAUACAAUAAAAAUUGUACAAGCCUAUCGAAGUAUUCAGUUUAUGAUGAAUCCACAGAGACAAAGAAACCAUAUCAAAUGUCUAUCACACGGACCGUCAAUUAGAUACGACAUCACGAAUAACGAAAGGAAAGCUAUCACUCAGGCGUUAAAUAUUACAGAAGAAGAGUUGCGAACAGCUAACGUCAAAAUUUUUAGCAGAUGUGUUAUUAACGAUGAAAUUUUUACAUCCAUCUUGUACACUCGUCAAAAGAAGCGUGCAAAUUUCUACGUCCAAUGGAAAAAUGAGGAAACAGUUUUAUUUGGUGCUGUUAAAUUUUUUUUUAAAGUAGAAACGAAUCUUUACGUCAUUCUGCGCCAGCUUAUAAAUUCGAACGACAAAAAUCAUGAAAUUAAUAACAAGGAGCUUGAAUUUAACCUUAAUCGACAUUUAAUACAUGUACAUGAUUCUUAUUGUAUCCACGCAAUUGACGCUCAGAAAAUAUCGAAAAUUUUACGAGUUCAAGAUUACAUAUGCAUUUUUCCAAACAACAGGGAAAAGAAAUAGAGCUGUUUAUUGCAAAGUGGUUUCCACGUGUCAUAAAUAUCAGGAAAGCAAUCGAAAUAAAAUCACUGAAGACAACGAGGCUGUCUGUUGUUAAUUUUGAACCUGCACGAGAAUAUAACAUAGAAAUUUACAAAGUGGUUGUGAUAAAUAGAAUCAAACUUUCACCAGGACACGAGUUUUGUUUGCUACCGUUCCAUCGACUCCGGAUUCAUCCCAGAUUUGUUUCGUGAAUCAUGUUCUGUAAUAGAAAUAAGGAAGUAGAAAUUGAAAUAGGAAGAAAAGUACACUGAAAAUAAAUACAACGAACUUAGAUGCAAACGUGGAAGGAAACACACUUUCUAAUUGGACAAUAUUGUAAGGAUAUACUUUUUCGAUUAUUUCAAAUGUAUAGUGUGAAUCAUCGAAAUUGAAAAUUAGGGAUAAAGUCCUUUUACUCGUCUAUAUAAAUUGUUGGAACGGUUGACUGCUUUUAUAUCGUAUAGCCAAUUAUAAUCAUUAGCAUUUGUUCUUGUCCUUCUUUUAAGGGUGAAUCUCUCGAAAAGGACAAAUGCUGAAUUAAGAAAAAAAAAAAAAAAGUUCAAAACCACUGUUAUGACUAUUGCUAUGGGAAGAGAAGGACCUAAAUAAGUCUCUAAAAUACGUUGUUACGAUCUUUAUGAACAUUAUUGUUUAAAAAAUAAUUGUUUAAUAUUUUGUCACCGAUACAAUGAUCGAAUCCGUUUAAAUCUUGUUACUCGAGGGUUUUUGGGGUCGCUAAACACGAAUCCGGUGUUAGUUUUUCAAAAUUCAAAAUGGCGGAUCCAAUAUGGCAGACGACAAUUUCAAAAAUCAAUCCAAUUUAUUUGAAAAUGGUUAUUCGGGGGUUUUUGGGGUCGCUGAUUACGAAUUUAAGGUCCGUUUUUAAAAAUUCAAAUGGCGGUCGACAGUUUUAAACAUCCAUCAAAUUUACUUGAAAAAAGUUACUCGGGGGUUCUUGGGGUCGCUGAUUACGAAUCUGCAAUCAGUUUUAAAAAAUUCAAAAUGUCGGACAAUUAUCUUUUAAAUCUAUUU